CCUAACAUAUUUUUUCUAUCGUAUGAAAGUAACCGAUAACAUAAAAAGAUAUACUGCGAUAUUGCGGCUGCGGCUAGUCUUUGCUAUAGGAGGGCGACCUCCUAGGCAGGGUUCUUGAGUUUUGGAACUCACAGACUGUAAAUAGCAGGGGUAGCCACUGUAAAUGGUUGUGAUUAUACUGGCCUGCUAGUCCUGGCUAGAAUCCCGUAUUGAAAGACAAUGCUUUCAUCACUGCAAAGCUUGAAAUGUCAGUACGCGCUUCAACUAUUCCAAACUUUUUGCAAAAGCUGGGGCCGUAUCAAGAAAUAGAUGAUCCCGCACUUGAAACACUGAACUAUGAUUUCAGACUCAGAUCCGAAUUGAUUGGACUGAUACCCUCCUUAUUCUGUGGUGCAUUGCUUCAUAAUUGCAUCACUUUACUGAUUAUUACUUGUGAAGUGUACAGUCGCCACUCUUCGGUGGAUAUUCACUCUGAGUCAGCUGAAUUCUCUGUUCCUGGGGAGUUUUCCAGAUACAAAAAUCGCAUGUCUUGUACAACGUAUGAAAGAUCGGACGGUGGUGCUAUGAAAUUAAAGCUUAUCAUUGGAACGAAAACCAUCAACCUUCUAAUUACUUGCUCUGCUGAAAUAUCAACUGAACCAAAAAUUAACAUCGGACCAGGUGUAGAGUUUGGCCACGGUUCAAUUACAGACUCAAACUGCAAAAUAUACUUGAUGAAAUCAAAAGUUGAAGAAUUUUUCAAAAUGUUCAAGACCUUCAAAUUAAAUCCUUUGCACAUGAAUAUAUCAAGUUUGAGACAAGUGACAUCGAGCUUCAGUAAAUGCUCAUCAUAUUUUCUAUGGAGAUCUACGUUACAAGAGUUUGACAGUAGUACUUUGUCGCCAGCAACUGUAUUCACUCUUUGCGAUUUACCAAAUAAAGAUGGUUACGGCGUUGGAUCAACAUCUAAUUCUAAACUCAGUUCUCAUAUUUUACAAAUAUUCGCCAAAGCAGUAUUAGUCAAUCAAGGUAUAAUUCAACUCAGUGAUUUCCAUAAUCUUUUAUUAGAGUAUGAGAAUAUAAUGAAACAAAAAUGCAAUGUAAAAGAGUGGUCCUCAAUAAUUAAAGUAAUGGAUGAAAUAAAUGCAAGUCUAAAUUCUGGUGAAAAAGUUCAAUGUUUUUUAAAUCCAAAGAUUUAGUAAUAAUUUAGAGGUAAAAUGCAACUACUUUUGGCUUGAACAUUGAGCGCAAUUUCCUUCUGCGAUAAUAAGAGUGGAUCAGUCAGUGAAAUCGCCUAUAAGUUUAGCAGUUCAAUUUCCACAGCGAAUAAUAUGAUUGCAAAAAAUGUCAAGAAGUUAUUACAAUUAUACCAGUAGUUGGGCACAUUUCAAGGAAAUUAUACAAUAACCCCAUUCUAUCAUCAUACUCACA